GAGAUUUCUCAUCAUUUUUGUAAUUAGGUGACAUUUCCUGUGAAAUAAUGGAUCGCACUGAAAUAGAGGCCAUGGCUGCAUCACCAGCUGGCAGCGACAUCGGGGAUGCAGGAUCUGCUGGCGGACGGACUGCGUCUGCUGAGGUUGAUGACCUCUACUACAUUCCAGAAAGAAGAGCUUCUCUGGACCUGGGAUGGGAUAGUAGUGACUGGCAGUGGAUGGAACAGGCUUUGUCUCCAUCCCAGAGCUACAGUUCAAUGAGAAGUGAUGAUUAUGGCUCCUCUGAUGAAAUGGAAGAUAAAGAUGGAACUUGUACAAGGGUCCAGAUGGACAAAGCAGAUUCCUUCUCCAGCUGCUACUCCCUAGAUAGCGAUGACUGUGAAAGAAGAACACGCAAGGAUCGAAGCAAAGAGAACAUCACCUUUGAGAUGAGUAAAACGCCCAAUUUGAUCCAAAAUCCAGAUGAGUUUAGCCACCCCUCUCUCACAGUGAAAUCCACAUUCAAGACUAUUAUGAUGGUGUUGGACAAGUUGUCAGAGGGGAUUGUUGGGAAAUUCAGGCAGAUCUUGUGGAAACAUUAUCCGCAGUCAUUUAACACUAACCCCCACAGUGUGGGCACAGUGGACAAAGUGCACCUUGUGGACCACUUGUUGGAGUGUUACAGCCUGCAGGAGUCAUUACAGAUCACUAAGGCCAUUCUUGAGGAACUUGAACUGAAGAAUGUGGUUCAGUAUCUGCAGAGAUUGUGCAUCAUUAAUGAAGUACGUUAUGAUUUAAGUAUGAUCCUCAGGAGGAAGUACAGCAUUGUGCACGAGGACUUGGCCAUGCAAGGAGAGACUAGGGCUUUUGAGGACAUAUUCUCUGAUCUCUACAUUACGUCUAAAUGUGACAACGGUCCAAAUAUUGAGCAUGAGGUCAUGCAUAUAGAAAAGCUGGAUACCAACCGGAAUGCGGGAAAGGAGCUGUCCUGUAAAGACAUCUUGAGCCCUGAAAGUAUAAAGUGUUCACUUAAUAAGCUUGUUUUGACCUUUGGGGUAGCAGGAUCAGGGAAAACAAUGGCAGUGAGAAAGUUAAUCCUCGACUGGAUAGAAGAGCGAUCCCAUCAGCACGUGUCUUUUCUUUUCCCCUUAACAUUCAGAGAACUCAAUGCCUUUGAGGGCUCCAAUGUCUCUUUGUUGGGCAUAAUACAGUCACUCUACCCAGAAACCAAAAAAUUGAAAGAUGAGGACUUUAGAAGUGAAGAGUGCCAAAUGAUGUUUGUCUUUGAUGGGCUGGAUGAGUACACUGGGGAGCUUGACUUCUCAAACACAGAACUUCUGGGCGACCACACAGAUCUCACUUCCCUUAAUGUCAUAGUGGUCAACAUCCUCAGACAGAGACUUCUGUACCGUGGAAUGUUCUGGGUGACAUCUCGGCCCCAAAUAAAGCGCUGCGUUCCUUGGGAUAUGCCUUGUGAUAAGCAUGAACUGCACGGUUUUCGUGACUCUGAAAAGGAGGACUACUUCAGGAAGAGGUUUAAAGACUUGAAUCAGGCUGCUCGAGUGAUUGCCCACCUCAACUCUUCCAAAACUCUCCAGAUCAUGUGCCAUCUACCUUUGUUUUGCUCAGUGUUGGCUGAUGUCUUUCAGAGAGUAUUUCAGGAACAGGGGCCACAAGCAGAACUUCCCAGGAGUAUCACCUACAUGUACACAAACCUCCUGCUUGUGCUCCUGAAUCUACGCAGCCUCAGAGCUCCAAACCGCAGCUUGGAGGAAGAGAGAGAGUUCCUCAUGAAACUUGGAAAGAUGGCCUUCGUCAUGCUAGAACGAGGUCAGUUCAGGUUUUCUGAGUCCCACUGGAAAGAGUUUGGGGUCAGUGAUGAGGAGGCAGUGGUUAAAAGUGGUCUGUGCACCCAGUUUGACAUUAAACCAUUAGUCUUGGUACAUGAGCGAGCAUACAGCUUCAUACACCCCACCGUGCAGGAAUACCUGGCUGCCCUUUAUGCGUUUCUCUCCUUUAGAAACCACAGCAUAAAUGUUCUUGAGCAGAAAGUGAAAAAGAAGCUGCCAAAGAUGCUAAAAAUGUUCAAAGAGAUGGACUUGUACAAGAGUGCUGUGGACAGAAGCCUGCAUGAUGAAGGCAAACUGGACAUUUUUCUGCGUUUCCUGUUAGGAAUGACAUUAAAGACCAACCAGCAGCUUCUCCAGCGAUUCUGCACCUCUUCUGUGAUGUGUCCAUCUGUCAUUGAUGAUGCUGCCGCCCUCAUCAGCAAGAAGAUUACAGAAAAUAAGUAUCCAGGCAGGGUUGGAAACUUGAAGUGCUGCCUGGUUGAGCUGGGUGUGGGAGCCUCACAACACCUUGGAUCCUAAAAAUGGCGAUUACUGAAGACCGUUUUUGUAAUGGACCAGAGAUAUCAACUGAAACAUAUUUGAAGACAGUUGUUUUUCCUGUUCACUAAGACAAUGACUGGAUGGAUUUGGAACCAGGUCUGUCCAGAGGAGCUUUAGGUCCUGCUGCAUUGACUUUGUGCUUAGGGAGACUUAAAUGAACUGCACUACAUGAACGUCAGCUGUGAGGCCAUGGACAUGUGGCAUAUCCAUGAAAAUGAUCCGCCACACAGAUGCCUCAGUGUUGUGGACCUCUGCACCUGCAAAAGGCCAAGGCUGCAUUCAGUUAUCACUUCGUGAUUCGACAGACGGCCUACUUUUAUAAGGUGGAGAUGGACUGAUAGUCAGCCUGAGUGGUUGUCAAACUACAGUGCGUCUGUAAAGUAUUCACAGCUCUUCACUUUUCCUACAUUUUAUGUUACAGCCUUAUUCCAAUAUGGAGUAAAUACAUU